AUGAUUAAGUGCUUGGCUGCUCUCCCACCUGUGGCUCCAAGGGUUUUGCCCACACACAGCAGACACAACAGUCCCUCCGGGCACCUGACCCACAGCCGCAGCAGCAGCAAAGGCAGCGUGGAAGAAGUCAUGUCCCAGCCGAAGCAGAAGGAGUUAGCGGGCAGCGUGCGGCAGAAGAUGCUUCUGGACUACAGCGUGUACAUGGCCAGGUGUGUCCCCCAAGAAAGCCGAAGCCCCCAGAGGAGCCCCGUGCAGAGCGCUGAGAGCAGCCCCACAGCCGGGAAAAAGUUGCCAGAGGCUCUACCCUCUGAGGAGGAAGAACAUGGAGCCUGGGUGAACGCCUUGCUUGGAAGAAUAUUUUGGGACUUCUUAGGAGAGAAAUACUGGUCUGAUCUGGUGUCUAAGAAAAUCCAAAUGAAACUCAGCAAAAUAAAGCUCCCCUACUUUAUGAAUGAGCUGACUCUGACGGAACUUGACAUGGGGGUAGCUGUGCCAAAAAUCCUUCAGGCCUUCAAGCCUUAUGUUGAUCACCAAGGACUCUGGAUUGAUUUGGAAAUGUCCUACAAUGGGUCCUUUCUGAUGACUCUCGAGACCAAAAUGAAUUUGACCAAACUAGGUAAAGAGCCUCUUGUUGAAGCCCUGAAGGUUGGAGAAAUUGGCAAAGAAGGGCCCAGGGCAUACUGUCUGGCCGACAGUGAUGAGGAAUCUUCCAGCGCCGGAUCCUCCGACGAAGACGAUGCCCCAGAGCCCAGUGGGGGAGACAAACAGCUUCUCCCGGGGGGUGAAGGGUAUGUUGGAGGCCAUCGAACAAGUAAGAUUAUGAGAUUUGUAGAUAAAAUUACCAAGUCAAAAUAUUUCCAAAAAGCAACAGAGACAGAGUUCAUCAAAAAGAAGAUUGAAGAAGUUUCCAACACACCCCUGCUGCUAACUGUUGAAGUACAAGAAUGCAGAGGAACCCUGGCAGCUAACAUUCCACCCCCGCCCACGGACCGGAUCUGGUAUGGUUUCCGGAAGCCACCAUAUGUGGAGCUAAAAGCUCGGCCAAAACUUGGAGAGAGAGAAGUGACUUUAGUUCAUGUGACAGACUGGAUAGAGAAGAAACUGGAGCAGGAGUUUCAGAAAGUUUUUGUCAUGCCAAACAUGGACGAUGUUUAUAUGCCCAUCAUGCACUCAGCCAUGGACCCCCGCUCCACCGCCUGCCUCCUGAAAGACCCCGUUGUGGAGGCUGCUGAGCAGCAGUGA